UUUUGACCCAUAAUUUUGCAUACUUAUGGGACACAGUGUCAUCUUUAAAUACAGGUAUGCAUUGUGAAAUGAUCAAAUCAGGGUAACUGGCUUACCUUCGCUUCAAACACUUAUCAUUUCUUUGUCAUAAGAACAUUCAAAACUUCUCAUUAUUUUGAAAUAUUCACUAUUGUCAAAUAUAGUCAAAAAUAGGACACCACACCUUAUUUCUUCAAACUAGCCGCAAUCCUAUACCUGUUCACUAACCUCUCCUCAUUUCCCCAUCCUCCCUAUCUACCCGACCCCACCGUGACCCUCUGGUAACCACUAUUCUACUAUAUUUCUAUGAGAUCAGCUUUUAAAAAUUCCUCAAAGAAGGGGCAGCUGGCACAUGGCGACACCAAGAGAGUGAAAGCCCCCAGACUCUUUGAGGGUCUCAGCCACGAAGUGAUCGUGUCUGCAGCAUGUGGGCAGAACCACACCUUGGCCUUGACAGAAACUGGCUCUGUGUUUGCGUUUGGGGAGAACAAGAUGGGGCAGCUGGUCCUUGGCAACCAGACAGACCCUGUCCACAGCCCCGCGCAGAUAAUGUACAAUGGCCAGCCAAUUACCAAAAUGGCCUGUGGGGCUGGAUUCAGUACGAUAAUAGACUGCAAAGGAAACCUCUGUUCCUUUGGGUGCCCUGAAUAUGGUCAGCUGAGACACAACUCAGAUGGGAAGUUCAUUGCCUGGCCACAGCAGAUAGAAUACGACUGCAAACUGGUGCCCCGGCAAGUGGCCAUCUUCAUCGAGAAGACCAAAAAUGAACAGAUGCUGCCUGUACCAAACGUGGUUGUGCAAGACGUGGCCCGUGGCGCUAAUGACACACUGGUUCUGGACUCCCAGAAGCAAGUCUUCUUCUGGGGCUCCAGUGGCUAUGGCAGGUUGGGCCAUGCAAAGAAGAAGGAUGAGAUGGUCCCCUGCCUGGUGAAGCUGUUUGACUUUUCUGGAUGUGGGGCAUCCCAGAUCUAUGCUGGUUACACCUGCUCCUUUGCCAUCAGUGAAACGGGUGGUCUGUUUCUCUGGGGGGCCACCAACACCUCCCAUGAAUCUACCGUGUACCCAAAAGCAGUGCAGGACCUCUGUGGCUGGAGAACCCAGAGCCUGGCUUGUGGGAAGAGCAGCAUCACUGUGGCCGCCAAUGAGAGUACCAUCAGCUGGGGCCUGUUGCCGACCUUCGAGGAACAGGGCUACGGGGACCACAAGCCCAAGUCUUCCACUGCAGCCCAGGAGGUGAAGACUCUGGAUAGCAUUUUCUCAGAGCAGGUCGCCAAGCGCUACUCACACUUCUUGGUGAUAGCAAGAGACAAACGUGAGACCGAGAAAGAGAAGAUCAAGAAACUGCCAGAAUGAAACUCUCCAACCCUCUGAUGCUCCCAGAGACUCCUCCAACUCCACACUUCUCGCAGCAGAUGUCAUUUCCAUGAGCACUGGGAAGUGAAGUCAAAUAGGAAUUUUAAAAAGCAAAAGUUGCUGGGUGCAGUG